AUGACUUAUGACAUUUUACUUUGAGAGGAAUGAACAUAUUUAUGGAAUGGGUGUUAUAUGGUAUUUUUUCUUUUUCACACAAAAAUUAAGAUGUGCUGACUAAAUUCCAUCCGCAGCCCCGUAAGCUUUAUAGCCAUAGUUGCGGAAUGCAGAUCAUUACAGUGCACAUAAGGUUUCAACACUCUUACAUGGGAUGAAUGAAGACGAUCUGCUGAAGAGGUCUGCCGAAGAGCGAGAAAAAAUCUUCAAGCGAUAUGAGCAAGGACGAGAAGGGGCUCAGAUCGACCCAUGGGAAGACCCAGGGUUUGAGGUCUACCAUGCCACAGAUAGAUAUGGUUUCAUCCAUGAUAAAAGACUUCCCUCCAAAGUGGACCCACAGGAAGCUAAAAAAGUGCAGAUUGAAAUAGAACGUCAAAGGAAAUGGUUGAAGAUGAUAAAGAAUUGGGAUAGCACUCACACAAAGGAAAAACUAGCAUCUAGAGUGUACAAAGGCAUUCCAAAUUCAUUAAGAUCAGACGUUUGGUGUAAAUUAUUGCAAAUAGAAAAGAUAAAAAAUGAAAAUAAAGGAAAGUAUGCAGAGAUGAUGAAGUUAGCAAGAAAGUAUUCCACAGAUGCCAGGCAGAUUGAUUCUGAUGUUAAUAGGCAGUUUAGGGAACAUUUACAUUAUAGGGAAAGGUACAGCAUUAAACAGCUGUCACUGUUCAAUGUACUAACAGCUUAUGCUAUGUAUAAUUCAGAAGUUGGAUACUGCCAAGGCAUGUCAGGUUUAGCUGGCGUGCUGCUCAUGUACAUGGACGAAGAGGAUGCCUUUUGGGCAGUUCAUGUUCUCCUCACAGACCCUAAAUAUGCUAUGCAUGGCCUGUACAAGGAGGGGUUUCCAAAACUUACGCGUUUUUUGGCGCAUCAUGACAAAAUCCUGAUGAAAUUACUGCCCAAGAUAAAGAAACACUUUGACAGGCAUGGUCUUGAUGCGAUUUUGUACUCUCUAAAGUGGUUCUUUGUCUGCUUCAUUGAAAGGGUUCCUUUUAGUUUAUGUUUACGGAUAUGGGAUAUUUAUUUAUUAGAUGGAGAAAGAGUGAUUACAGCAAUGGCCUAUACAAUACUCAAAUUGCAUAAACGAAAUUUGUUGAAACUAAAUGAUAUGGAUUCAAUUGUAAAUUAUAUACAGGUUAAGUUGUACAAAGAUUUUCUCUAUGAUGAAGAUACAGCAAUAUAUCAUUUAAAGCAUUCUAUGGACGAACUGAAGAAACAUAAAUUAGAUCUCCCAGGACCUCCCUCAAAAGAAGAAUUACCUAUUGGUCCAUUUGGUGUAUUCAAAGAGCCCACUUUCGAUCAGAUUGUCGGGUUUAGAAAAGAGACGUUUACAGAAACAGAGAAGGAGACCAACAAGAUAGUGACUCUAGCGAGCGAAUCAGCAAAGGAAGCUGCAGAAAAGGACAAAGAGUGUCAACUGAGUGUCAACGAUUCGGUCGGCUUUACAGAUUUUGAAGUUGACUUUACCAUGCAAUAUUUGGAGUGUAUAAGAGAUGGUGUACGAAUAUUGGAGAACAGGGAUAUUUGGGAAGAGAUAGAUGAUGAACAAGGUUCAAAGUUCUCAUUCGACCCGAGCAUAGACGAUGCGAGUUCGCUGCUGGACGGCGAACACACUGGUUCCAGGAGAUCGUUGGCCGACACUAGUGUCACUUCUACGGCGGACCUGAGCGUCUUUUCCACGGUUACCAGGUCCCAGGCUCACGAGAAUAGUUUGGAUACACACAGCAACAUGUCGGAUAACAGCGUCGGAGGAGCCAGUUCAGUAGGUUCCGGCAUGGGUGCAAUAACCAGUAGCAUGCUCGGUGGCGGCAGCCUGCCUCGAGGUAGCAGUGGAGGUGCAGGCAGCGUGAUUAGCAGUCACUCCACACCUCGAGCCACUCCUCAUAAUCCCAGUCCUGACGUUUUAAGAAUCUACGUACCUUACUCUCCUUUUGACACCCCUGUAGUCAGUCCUCAUGGAAAUGGGACUUGCGGUGACCCGCCAAAGCCUUGCAAUUUUAUAGAGACCAACAAGAUCAGGAUACGAAUUGACAACGAUGAGUUGCCUACACCUCUGGUCGAACAUGGCCAGAUCAAAGGCUUCCAACUAGAUAGUCCUGUUGAUCUCAAGUGAAUGGAUCGUUUGUAUUUGAGCGUUGAUUAACGUAUACUACUUGAAGACACAACCUAAUACUAUAAUACCCGCGUCCAAUUAAUUAUCAGAGAUCAAAUGAAAUACCAUAGAGUCGUCUAUGGGAAUUUUUCUCCUAUCUGCACUAAUUAGAAAUCUAUCUAUAAUAGAUGGCGCAGUAUGUUUAUUUGCUACAUACUAAUGGUUAGCCAAAGCUCCAUCUAUGAAAUACUAACCUUUUCAAAACAGAUUUCUAGCUAAUGCGAAGAAGAGAAACAUAGAUGUGACAAAUUCCCAUAGAUGGCGCUACGAUAUCUCAUUUCAUCUCGGAUAUUCUUUUGGGUGCGGGAAUAUAGGCCUAGGUUGGCUAUCCUCAGAUAGAAUAAGUUAGUCCAAUAUUUGAAUAAUUUUUCACAGUGGUACAGAAUCCCUGCCGCUGCUCGAACGCUUAGUUAUAUUAACAUUAAUUUGCAUCCGCACCUAAAGACGGGAACACACUAUUGCCACGUUAAGCGAUCUUAUGAACUAUCACGCAAACUCACGAUUUUUAGCAUAAACUUCAAUAUAAAGAACAGCCCGUAUGCAAGGAAGGAGACACAUAUUUCACUAUACUAUUGUCUCCACAGGCGCCCCUGUUUCUGUCAGCCCAUCAAUUCAAAUUUAAAACCUGAGUUUGCGUGACAGCUCGUCAGUUCACGUGAUGUGGCAAUAGUGGAUUUCCGGCUUAACAGGUAGAGUAAUGUAAGAUUGUCAGGCGGUCCGAACUUUUUGUAGCAAUGAAAUCCUAAUAGGUGCGCUUAGAUUUUUGUUUUUCCUAGCUUGUAUUCGGUCAUCUUUGCAAAAUAACGUGAUGCAUUUGGUUAUACAUUCUAUAUACGAUAUUGUCAUGAACGUACCCUUGGAAUGUUAUAAAAAGGUGGGAAUUGGUAGUCACAUGUUGCAAAAGCUUGAAAUUUAAAAAUAUUAGUACUGACAAAUUAGUGUGUAGCAAAAUAAUAAAACAUCGAGAGUUCUUGACCUUUGGGAAGGUUUGUCAAGGUCUAGAGAGUAUUCUGAUCUUUUAUAGAUGAAACUGAUGGUUGACUCUAUGUUUAUGUCAAUUAGCAAUUUGUUUAAACCAUAGUUCUAGAGGUAAGGAAUUGACUUGGAUAUAGUAGAAUCCAUGUAUAUAGUAUGAUAUAUUGUGUGUAUUGAGACAAAGGAUACUUUUGCUUCACAUGAACAUUCAGUUUAAUUCAGUGAUUAGAAAAAAUGCGUUUAUUUUUUUUAAUGAAAUAAUUUACAAUUACAUAUCUAAUGAUUAUGUAAAAUGAGUGCGUAUGAUAUUGCUUUCUAUAGUUUUAGCAUUUGAGUAUACUAUUUAAGCAAUAAUGUUUUACGUGUUAAACAUCCUUGAACCGAAUAUUAUACAUUGAGACGUCCUGGCAAUUUCUUUCUGCGCAUUUCAAACCACCAAGGCUAAAACUUCGCAUUCGUGAGAGAAAUUUUACAGCUGGAUUUCUUUCAUAAUCACGAUUUUCGGAUGCACCUUAAAAUGAAUCAAGAGGUUGCCGGACGGAACUCGGUGCAAAGCUUAAACAGGCUUUUAAACAAACCAAAACAUGUUUUUUCGCUCCGCGCGAGCUUUUUUUAGUUUUUUUUUGUAUGAUUAUGAAUAAAAAAAGUGCUUAGUAUCUCCUCUCUAAAUUUGACCAUUCUCGAGUUACACGUGAUUUGAAAUCAAAAAAACCCUAAAAAUGGCAAUUUUCAAUGCGAGAUUGUCAAGUGUGUAUGUACACUAAAGUUAAAAUCUUGCCUCACAAGAAACCGAUAGUACUUUAGCCUUAGUUUAUUUUAAAGCAUUGUGAUCCGUGACUUCUUGGCAACCUUAGAAGUAACUUUUUACCGUGUUCUUGAACAAUGAAAAUUGCCAUUUUUUUUAUUUUCAGACUCCACAUAUUCGGACAUGGUAAACUUUAUAGUAAACUUACCAAGGACAUUUUUUUGUUCAGAAUGACCCAAACGUCGUAAAAUAAGUUAGUCGGGAGCGUCAAAAGCGAUUUUGUAUUUGUUUAAUCAAAUACACUCUGGGUUACCACCCGGCAAACUCUUGGUUUAUGGAAAGGUCCAACAAAUCUGAUUAUAAAAAAAAUGGGGUGGAAAAUCUUUCUCACGAAUGUGUGGCUUUAGUCUUGAUAAAAUGCCAAGUAAGUGUUCUAAUUUUAUAAUCUAGUGAAAAAUUCACCAGGGAUUCGUUUCUAAUUGUCGCUCAUAAAAACUGAUAAUAUAUGGUUAAUAUUUGAUUAUGAUUUACGUCUAAAAAUGUACGAACUACCAUUUCGAGGAAAUGGACAUUCGCCUUUGCUGGAGAGACAUUUUAUUGGAUGAAAUUUACAUUAUCCAUAUCAGAAGUGUUUCUCAGAAAGAAUAUGCAGGUAUCUAUGCAACCAAAUAUUUUCUGCAAUGUGGAAGCGUAAUGCCAUUAAUUAUUUAUCUCUCUUCUCAAGGAAAACAUGAAAAAACAUAAGUCAUGUACAAUGUACUGUAUAUAGAAUUAAUUAAUUACUCUUCUUUGGAAGAUGUAUAUUUUUUAUAUUAUUUAUUUUUUGUUACGUUUAUUAGAGUAUUAUUAGGGCACUCUUGCCUUGUAUCCAUAAGGGAAAGGGCUGUAAUAGGGAUAUAUUUUGCGCUACUGAAAUAUAAGAAAUUAUUCCAUUCCAUGGUCAGUACAAUAUUAUUUUUAUUUUCAUGUAAAAUAUAACAUUAUUUAUUUAUCUAAUUUGAGUGAAUAACUUAUAGUAAGGACUAACGUCGAUUAGGUGAACCAUUUGGUAUUGCUUCAGUAAAACUGAUAAUUAAAUGAUUUGAAGGGUUUCCAGCAAAAACCGCAUUUGUCAAAAAUUAGCAUUUUACAGAAAACUAAAAAAACCUGUUAUCUUCUUAGAUGUUAAUUAUUUCAAAAGGCGGUUCCUGGAUGGGUUGUAGAUUAAAAUGCAUAAUAAAACAAUGCAUGAUGAAAUAAAUUUAAAAACGUUUUAACAUCAUAAAUUAGAUUUUUUUGUUUGACAAGUGCUGUUUUUGCAAGAAAAUGAAAAUGAACUUACAAAGAAAACAUACUUUAUUGAAAUAUGAUGACAAAGUUCGCUUAAAUAAUAAUCAUUCGAUGUUAAAUAUAAACUUAAACAUAUUCUAAAUACGGGAACAUCAUUUUUUCUACUCGUCACACCCACUGCUGUUAUCUUCGGGAUCGAUGUCGCUUAAUUCAGCAAUGUUUGAUUCUGUUGGUCGUAGGGCAUUAUAGAAGCCGGUAUGUUCUCUUUUACUCAGUACCUUGCUGGGAGUCUGUAGGUCUUUUAGUUUUAAUGGAUUAAUGGCUAAAGGUUCUCGAUAUAACGGAACAAGUUGAAGUUCAUUGGAUAGAGGUAUUUUAUUUCGAAGUAUGGAUUGUCUCCAUGGUCCACUAUAACUGUCCCUUAUUUCCAAAAACUUGUUUUUCGCCUGAAUGCGAUACAUUCUUAACGAUUUCAGCUUAAUUGGAGGUCGAGGGUUCUUAAGAAAAUAUUUAUCUGUGGAUAAUUUUACGUUAAAAAAGUGUUUUUGUUGUACCUUAAUCAGAUUAAAUGGAGACGGAUUGCUCCUGCAAGUCUGUAUGAUAGUAUCCCAAUGCUCGGGAAUCUCUGCUACUUCAACCGCUUUUCGUUUUGAGAUAAUUGAAAAGUCUUGAUCGUUGGGCAGAAAUGAAUGGCCACGUAUCGGAAAAAUAUAGGUAAUAUUGUCAAACAACUUCAAACAGUGGACUAAUAAAUACAUAAAAUGCAUCAUAACAUAAUUUUUAUUUUGUCCCGGGCAACCAUCACUUAUUAAUACCAAGUUUCGAGAAGUGAUGUCAGGAACCUGUGUAAAAUAAUGAAAAAGUAAUGAAGUAACUUCAUUUUGACCUUUUUUUGCUAUUGUUUCAUCGUAGGUGUACAUUGUUGCACUAUCAUCUUUAAGAUUAUGGACGCCAAAAACGUAAUACCAAAGCUGACGGCAUCUGAACGCUAAGUUGUCCCUAAUAUGCGGUAAAGGUAAAUUUUGCAUAAAGUCGAAACAAACAACCAUUGCCUCUCCAUUUCUAGGCUUUUCUUGCCACUUUUUCUUCAAAUCAUAGAAUGCUUUUGCUUUUCUCAAAUGAAGCUCCUUUUCCGCUAGUAGGGGAGCUCUUGAUUCGUCAUUUUCUGCUGCAGCAAUUUUUUUAAUCAGAGAGUCGCAAGUUGAGCAUGUAUCAGUUCUCGGCAUUCCAAAUUUUAUAUUAAAUUUCUUAUGAAAAACUGUCCAAUAAGCUUUAUAGCUGACAUUAAUAUGAUAAUCUUUUAAAAAUGAUCUGUACAAUGCCCGAACACUUAGGGUCUCAGGGAGAUAGUAACGAUUUGGAUUUUGCCUUAAUGAAUAAUGAGAUUGUCGAGGUCUGUAUGAUUUAAUGUGAUCUUCAACUAAAUUUUGCAAUUCACAAGGUAAGGCAUUGGGUCUAUUAUCAUGUUUACCGCGCCUGUCACAGGGUGAUUUUGCUGUUUUACUUAGAUGUUCCUGUAUGCGUCUAAGACGCGCACAACUGAUUCCGUGGAGACUAAGAAAAGCUUUCCUACAUACGGGCACUUCUUUAUAACAAUCCCCAGAUUGCUUUGUUCGAACUUUAAAAGCAUAAGAACUUGAAUGUUCAUAAUUUGGUAAAGUGAUGUCUUCGUCUGAGUCGGAAUAAUCAACGAGAUCGUUAUUUCUUGCAGGUUUUCGCGACCGUCGUUGCUUUACUGCUUGUAAUGUAAUAAGGCCAGACAGAUGUGAAUCUUGUAAGUCUUUUGUAGGAAUAUUAUAAAAACUUUCGAAAAUUUCUUGUCUUUGCUCUGGCAGCACCGCAUUGAAGCAUUUGUGACGAACACACCUACGAGCGAUGUAGAGGUUAGAAGGAAUAAACAAGAGAAACAGCGUGAAAAACUUACUUGCAAUCCUCACCAAUUUGCUUUUCCGGAACAAAAACGCCUUUAUGGUUUAAGUGAGCAGCACCUUUAACUUUUUUUAGACGUAUUAACUCUCUUUUCUUCAGUUGUUUUGCUCUAAUUGUCGGUACAACACUUUGCGACGCGUCCAUGUUUUAAACACUGUAACGAAUCUUUAAUUUCCUGCGAAAACAACACAGGUCAAGACAAGUGCGGUUUUUGCCGAACGAUCCAUGCUUUAUCUGUAUGAAUAAGGCUGACAAUUGCUGUUUUUGCUGGAAAUAUUUUUUAGAUAACACACUAGGAUUAUUCUUGAUACAAUGUUGCCAAUAUCUCAAAAGUGGACAAAUUUGACAAAUGCGGUUUUUGCUGGAAACCCUUCAUUUGAAACCUUCCUAAAUUUGUGUUGGUUAUAUAGUUUUGAUCCUAAAAUAAUACAUGUGAGUAUAAGCAUAGGUAAGUAGCUAUGUAGAGAUUAUGCUGAACAUACCAACUUUUCGGCUUUACGCAACUUGAAAUUAUAUUUUCUUCUUAUAUUGUCAAGUUUGGAUUGAGUUUCAGUCACCAAAUAUAUUUACAUAAAUAUUAUAUGGAGGAUGGAGGAGUUAAAUUUCGUUGUCAAAGUUAGAUUAAAAUAUUAAUAUAUUUUCAGGAAAAUAUGUAUUAUCGAUGUGCCAUAAAAUGUUCAUGUGUUCUCGAAAAUAUCAAAUUCUAUGACGUUCAUGUCAGUAAUGAGUCAUUAGAUCACGGUUCGCAAUAUAUUUGUGUGUUCUGAACUCAAAAAUAAAUUUUCUUGUAAAUUUGUAAAACAGAUUCCUUGAUAGUUUCUAGAAGUAAUAAUGGGACUUUAGGACUCACGCCUCAUGUAAUCACUCAAACAAUUCAAUGUUAUGACAUAUUUCGAUUUGUUGAUUCAUAACCGUUCAUCGCUAUAUACUUUACUAAAAAAAACUCUUUUAGCAUGUAAAAACUAUGAAAGUAGAUCGUGGAAGUUUCAAAGCUUUUUUUACACUCAUAUAAACAUUGGAGUGUUCAUUUACAAUCGUAAAAUAUUUCUAUAUGUCAUCUUCAAAAACUUGGUCCUGAUUUUUUAGUGAUUCACCGGCCUUGCUUUAAAAAUGUUAGUAUCAAAAAUAUACGUGUUUCCAUAGCUCUAACGACAGCUUGGCUCUAUUUACUCUGUCAUUGCGUACAUACUUAUCAAAAUUAUCUACUAUUAUCACUAUCACUAGCAAUAUAUUGAUGUUAAAAUUUAUCAUAAGGCUAGAAGCAACCCAUAUCUUCAUAAUGUCAAUGAAUUGUACGAAACUUACGAAUAUUAGAAAUACAUGUGUCUAUACGUCAUUUUUGUAUCUACUGCCUCGAUAAUGUAUAUAUAAGUAAUCUUUAGCAGUGUCAAUAAUCCUAGAAUAACGAAAUCCUCCUUGCUGAUUUACAAACCAACCAAACCUAGAUCAAAAUGUACUUAGAUUUUUUUGUGAACUACAUCGAUCCUUGCAUAAAUUGAGCUCAUCUACCUUCUUUCUAUGACCUUUUGGAAAAUAAUGUUUUAUUCAAAAGUUAUAGGGUAUAAUAUAAAUUUCUUCAUGGAAACGUGAUGUCAAAUGAGGUUGCAUUUUUUAAAUAGAACACCCUGUAUAUAUUUUUUAAAACACUUUAUAAAACUUUAUGUAUAGUACUUUUCCUGUAUGCAAAAAAAGACAGUGUAUUGUACUUUAUAAUAGACCAUAUUCCUUUUGUAUAAACCUUUUUUCCAAACGGUCAUACAAAAAGUUAGGGGUGGUCAAUGUAUAGUGGGACACCCUGUACACAGUGUCCUUGGGAGGAUGAAUUUUUAUGUGAAAUGCGAAAACGUCUUUUCUUACAUUCUCUAUAUUUUUUAAAAUAUGCGGCUAUACUUUUCAAAAUACUCGUAUGUUCAUUACUUCGACCAACGGUUUUUGGCAGCAUUAUCACUUACCGGACGGUUUAAAGUUAAUAAAACCCUCAACAAUAUGUUGAAGAGUCAUAAAAAGAAAGUAGUAAAAUCUCCACAUCAUAAGCUACAUAAGAAAUAUUCUAGUUAUCCAUUCAGCCUGAUUAUCAUGGGCCCAAAGAAUAACAAAUAGGUUUUUUGAUUGUUUAUCCUAGAACUUAAUUCAAAACGAAAACUUGGACACUGCUUCUUAUUCCAGUUCCGUUACAUCUUGUAGGCAAAAGAACAGUUUUCAGUAUUGGUAAGCAUUUUUAUCAAAUCCAAUGUGUAUUUUUGUUAGUUGAGUUGAUGGCACUUUACUUACUUCAAGUGAUCAUGAUAGGUAGAACUUUAUACGAAAAGUGAUAUAUGCAAUAAAAGUGUAUACUAACUCAAUUGAAAAUAUUGUAAAAUGUUGAUAAGUCAUAGGAUGACUUUUAAAUUUCUUAAUAAAAUUAUGUUCGAUAA